GCCCAAUGGAGACCCGUCUAGUUCUUCCGACUCGACGUCGGGAACUUGUGUUUUCGCUGGUUUCUUCCAUCUGGUCAUUGCUACGUUCAGUCCGGUUCUAUUCCAAAUCAAUGACUAUUGCUAUGGCGAAUGAUUUUCAACUUCUCAAUAAUUCAGGCACAAAAGCUAAACCAAUUGAAUCAGACUCCGCAGUUGGCUUAGAUGAGUCCAAACUUUACGAAGUUGUUCCCAAAUGUGGACUAGAUUUUGAGGAAUGGACUUCACUUAUUUCAGAGAUUGAGAGAAAGUAUCCUGAUGUCAUUGAGAAGAUCUCUUUGGUGUAUGACUCAUUCUUGUCCGAGUUUCCUCUGUGCCAUGGAUACUGGAGAAAGUAUGCAUCUCACAAAACAAGGUUGUGCUCUGUGGACAGGGUUGUUGAUGUAUUUGAACAAGCAGUGCAAUCAGCAACUUAUUCUGUUGGUAUUUGGGUUGAUUACUGUAGUUUCAGCAUAUCAGCUUUUGAAGAUCCAUCUGAUAUUCGAAGAUUGUUUAAGAGGGCAAUCUCCUUUGUCGGAAAAGACUAUUUGAGCUAUAGCUUGUGGGACAAGUACAUUGAGUUUGAGGUAUCUCAACAGCAGUGGGACUCCUUAGCUCUGAUUUACAUUCAAACUCUGAGAUUUCCUACCAAAAAGUUGUCUUAUUAUCACAACAGCUUCAGAAAAUUGACUGCUUCUCUGAAAGAGAAUAUCCAAUCUGAUACUGGGUGCAAUAAUUCAAUGCCCAUGGAAUUUGAAGCUUCUCCGGAUAGUGAAGUCCCAACUAAGUGUACGGAUACUGAACUGUCUUCUGUCAUUAAAGACCUUCUGGAUCUGUCUGCUGGCACAACUAGGUAUAGUUCACUACUGAAGUACGUGCAUGCUGGUGAAAAACUCUAUGACGAAGCAUGUCAACUAAAGGAAAAAAUUAUGCACUUUGAGGAUAAGAUCAGGAGGACAUAUUUUCAUGUAAAACCCCUUGAUGAUGGUCAACUGAAGAAUUGGCAUUCUUAUUUGGACUUAGUGGAGAUGUAUGGAGAUUUUGAUUGGGCGGUUAAACUCUACGAGAGAUGCUUAAUUCCCUGUGCUAGUUAUCCUGAGUUUUGGAUGCGCUAUGUGGAGUUUGUGGAAACUAAGGGUGGAAGAGAGUUAGCAAUGUUUGCUCUAGAGCGUGCAACAAAAACUUUUCUCAAGAAAGUUCCUGUUAUACAUCUUUUCAAUUCAAGGUUUAAGGAACAAAUAAGAGAUUUAUCGGGUGCACGUGCUGCUUUUCUUCAGCUUGAUGGAGAUUUAGAUUCUAAGUUUGUGGAAAAUAUCAUAUUGAAGGCUAAUAUGGAGAAACGAAUGGGAAAAUCUACAGAAGCUUUUAAUAUUUACCGAGAUGCCCUGCAAAUGGCUUUGAUGAAGAAGAAAUUGGAUGUUUUACCAGCUCUGUAUGUACAUUUUUCUCGACUUAAACACAUGAUUACAGGAAGUGUUGAUGCUGCUAUGGAGGUCUUAAUAGAUGGGAUCCGAAAUGUACCUCUCUGCAAAUUACUUCUUGAGGAACUUAUAAACUUCGUCAUGGUGCAUGGAGUGCCAAAGCUUAUAAAUUUAGUUGAUCCCAUCGUAGCUAAUGCAAUAUCUCUCAAGGCAGACGUAUCUCAAGGUUGGAGUGAGCAAGACAGAGAGGAUAUUUCAACUCUGUAUUUAAAGCAGGCUGUUGACUUGUGUGGAACCAUCCAUGAUGUAAUGAAGGUGUGGAAUCGACAUAUUAAAUUGUUUCCACAGUCUAUUAGAGCAAUGCCAUAUAAAGACCCCAUACCAGGGAUAGAAGCCAUAAAAAAGACCAUGGGAGGAAAACAAACAGCAGAUUCCACUGUAACCAACCAACCAAUCAGAGAUGACAAUGUCAAUCCAUCAAAUCAGCCUCCUUUAGAAGAAAAUAAAGAGUCUCUGUUAGAUAACCAAAACUUCAAGAAUGACCAAUCUUCCAAUGGGAAUGAACCAACAUCCUGUUUACUCGUUAAGCAUAAUAUUGCUAUGAAAGAGUCUACCAUCGACAAGAUUAAUUUAGGAGAUUCUGAAAUUUGUGCAGAGGAAAGGGAGCAGGUAAAUUCUCCAAAAGUUCUUGAGCGUUAUGGAAGUGGUGGAAAUCAGAUUGAAUCGGCACAAAUGCCAAUGCCCAUGGACAACUCCAAAAAAGACGAGUACGGUGAUGCUUUGGGCGUGACCUUGAAAAAUCUUUCAAUUAAGAGUCUUUCCUUGAACGCAAAGAACAAUGACAAAAUAAAUUUACCUUCCAAAGCAUGUCAUGAAGGGGAACCUCCCUUGGAGAACAGUUUGUCUAGUGAAAGUGUCAGCAAUACAGAUGAAGAGGUUGUAAUGCACAACCCUCUAAAUGUCGGAUCUUCCAGUUCCAUCCAGAUUUCCAAUGAAGGGGCCAGCCCAUCAUCCUUUCCAAGUCCUGGCAAGCCUACACACCCCCAAGUACAUACACAGUUUCACAUGCAUGAAACUGGGGACAGAAAGUGGCACCAUAAACGUCAUGCUGGUAACUUGCAUCAUGACCUCCAGCAUGAUUUUCAAGGACACUCACGAAGAAGGCCUCAUCGAACAUGGAAAGAUUCUCCUCAGGACUACCGAGGAAUGCAAUCUGGUCAAACAUCAGGUGAUCAAGAUUAUACCUCUGAAACUAUUGCUUCACAAAAACCACAAGUUGAACGAAUCAGCCAAGACCACAAUCAUAUUCAAUCUGCGCAGCAGCAGCAGAACUUCCCCACUACUUCUCAGUCUCAACUUCCUUCUCAAGGUUUUACUCAAGAGAAAUCUCAAAAUACUACACCAAACUACGAGCAAUAUGGUCACAUGCAGAGUAGUCAGGUGCCAAAUACCUAAGAACAAAUGUGGCAAUAUUAUUACUAUCAGCAACAGCAGCAGUAUCUUUUGCAGCAGCAACAACUUCAACAGUCACAGAAUUUUCAGCAACAGUAUUACCAGCAGCAAGUGCAAAUGCAACAACAGUAUUUUCAAUCGCAAUAUCCUUACCAGCCUGUGGAAUUACAACAGCAGUAUCACAUUCAGCAGCAAUUGCAACAAACGCAGCAGCAGCAACAGUUACUUGGACUUCAGCUGCAAGAAGCCCCAGACAGAUCAGCUAUCAUUCCAACAACAUGAGCAUCAGCCAGAACUGGAGGAAGAUGAACAAAAGCAACACACAAAACAAGUUUCUUCGUUGUCUAUUCAGAUCCAGACUAGUGAACGUGAUCAUCUGGAUUCUUGAUGAAGUAGAGAUAACAGCUGAUCUGAGGCAUAACAACCAAAUCAGUCAAAUGUGGCAGGAGAUUGUUCUAAAUUGGCCAGCCUUUGUAGCCUCCCCCACCUUGAAGUUCUAGAUUAUCAUGCCUUCCGAAUCAGCCUUCUGCUCCAAUCAGUUUUUGCUCAAUCAAGGACUAUUAUUUUUGUUUUGUAUUCAGCUUGCUGCCUUGCUUAUGUUUCUGUUUUGGAUAGUUCAUUCUUUCAUCUUGUUUGGCCUUGUAUUGUGGCCUUUGUUUGGAUUUUGCAUUGCUUUUAGAAACUUGGUAUGUGUUUUUUUUUUCGCUUUUUGGAUGUGAUGAGAGCGCUAAGGGGUGUCAACCUAGCUGAGAUGUUUGGGUACGCCUGCUGAUCCUCCCCCUCCCCCCUAUUGCUCUAUGUACAUUGAGCUUUGUCUCUCUAUUUUCAAUAUUAUUAAUAAUGAGGCACGUAUCCUUUUAAAAAAGAAAACAAAAACAUAUCUCUCAACUACAUACCGACCAAGAUACAGAAUGAUGACAUACUUACCAAAGCCUUGCUCAAGAACAGUUUGAUGCAUUAAAAGACUAAGUUGGAUUUAAUCAACAUAUACAAUCCAACUUGAGGGGAGUGUUGAAUAGGAAAUAUUCUCCCAUUAAAUUCAGUAAUUCUUACAUUUUCCAAUUGGACCUUUUCUGUAAAAAAAUUUCCAAAUUUUUCUUGAUGACCGUGUUUCAUAUUUCCUUGUAGAAUUCUUUUCCCCUCUUUGAAGUGAGGGUUGUGUAUCAGUAUAAAAAAUAAGAAGAAUUUUUUGUAUUUAGAAAAUACUGUAGUAACCGCAGUCGUCCUUGCAUACUCUGCUUCGCAACUAGAUAUAGCAAACUAGGUUUGCUUUUUACUACACCGUGAAAUAGCUUUCAAAGGACGUCCAAAUUUAUGUUACUAAUCCAAGUGUAGCUUGUUUAUAUAACAAGCCAAAAUUCAAGGUAAUUUUUACAUAUCAAAGAUUGCUUUUUGCUACCACUUAAUGAGUUUGACAAGACUUAUCCAUAAACGAGCAACAAAUUGGUGAAAAUGUGGUACAUUUUUCCUAUUCCUUAAUCAGCUUCAAUAACGCCCCCAUAGGAGUAGUCAUUGAAUUUGACUCAUCCGCAUCAAAAUGAUCCAAUAAAGUCAUUGCAAACACUUUCUGUGUGACAAAGUAUCCACGACAUCUCAACUGCUAAAUCAA